CGGUCCAGAACCGGCUGUCGGACCUGUCGGGCCCGCCGCAUCAAAUGCGACGAGACUCCCGUAGCAUGCCGUAACUGUUCAUCGACCGGUCGGCAAUGCGAUGGCUACGACGUCCACCGACUGCCCCCUAAACUCAAAUCGACGGGCAAGAAAAAGACCCUGACUGCUCCACCAAAACUGCUGGGGCUGGCCGGCGGGCCCAGCCAGGCGCUGAACCGGCUGGACUGGACGAUGACCUCGGACGAGCGGCGGUGCGUGGCCUACUUCCAGCACCACACGGUGCCCACCCUGCUGGAGUUCUUCGACUCUACGCUGUGGCAGAAGCUGGUGCUGCAGCUGAGCCGCUCCGAGCCGCCCGUCUACCACGCGAUCGUCGCGCUGAGCGCCAUCCACGAGAACUCGGAGGCCAACGGGAUGCCGCUGGCCACGCCGAGCGAGUUAGUGGCAGAGAACCCCUGGCACCAGUUUGCGCAGGACCAGCUGGCGCGGGCCAUCACCCUGCUCAACCGACGCAGCGCCUCGCAGGACCCGCGCUUCCGCGAGGUCAUCCUGGUGUGCUGCCUGCUGUUCGUGCUGGCGGACCUGCUGCGCGGGCAGUACGACAGCGGGUUCGCGCAUCUACGGAGCGGCCUCCUGAUCCUCCAGGAGCUGCAGCAGCACGGCGAGUUUGGGAAUUGCGCCUCAUCGCGGGGCUUAGUCGAGCAGUGCAUUGUCACCGCGUUCGCGCACCUGGACAUCCUGGCCUCGCACUACGACCGCAUCUUCCCGAUGCUGCAGCCCCUCCACCCACUCACCCAACCCUCCAACCAUGAUCCCACCACCACCACCACCACCACCACCACCAACCCCAACUCCCCAACGCAACCCUUCCAAUCCCUCCCGGAAGCCCGCGCGGCCUUCGACACCCUCCUCCGCACCUCCUACCGCUUCAGCGCCCCAAGCAUGGGGCUCACCGCCCCGCAGAUCUCGGCCAACUACGCCGCGCUCCAAACCGAGCAACACGCCGUGUGGAGCGAAGCAACCCUCUUCGCGCAGCGGUUCCGCCCCUUGUACCGGCACGCCUACCCGGACCUCUCGGCCAAGGAGCAGCGCGGCGCCGACAUCAUCAACCUGCACCUCGUCAGCCUGCGCGUCUGCAUGCACUCGUGCCUGCUGGGCAGCAACCGCGCCGCGCUGGCGCACUACCGGGCCGACCUGCAACACACGUGCGAGCUGGUCGAGGCCCUGAUGACCACGUUCCCGGACCAUCGGCCGAGUUUCACGCUGGAGACGGGGGUCCUCCCGCCGCUGUAUCUGGCGGCCAUUCUGGGGGAUGAUUACCGUGUGCGGUGGCGCGCGACCGGGCUGAUGCGGAGCUGGCCGCACCGCGAGGGCCCGUUUGAUUCGAACUGGUUGGCGUCGUUGGCGGAGGAGGCGUUGUUGUUGGAUUUG